AGCGCCACCGCGUCUACUACAACACACUACUCGAAAAACCUACAACGCUGCUGCUGCUGCUCCUGCCGCUGGUGUUGCUGCUGCUGCUGUUGUUGCCGCCGUACACUCGCUCACUCACUCACACGCACGCAGUCCGUAGUGUCGGCCAGACUCUCGGUUAUUAUUUGUUUGUUUGUUUUUCCGUUUUUAAGGCUAUUAUUUAUUAUUAUUAUUAUUAUUAUUAUUUAUAUUUAAAGUAAUUAUAAUAAUAAUACUAACAACAACAGCAUAAAACCGCUGUUUUAUCGUUUUUUAUUUUCCGUUUUUGUACGUCGUCGUCGUCGCUCGCCGUCUCGUUCAUCGUGUGUCGUUUCGGUUGAUAUAUAAUAUAAUUUUGUUAUUAUAUUUUAUAUAAAUUAUAUUUAUCGUAUUCCGAUUGUUGUAAUUAUCAUACGACAAUACGGUACACGCGUUGUUGUUUUUUCUACGUGAUAUAGACUAUAUUAAAAUACUGUUGCGUUUUGUUCGCACAAUUCAAACCGUCGCGAUUGCGUUAUAAUUCGCAUCAAAAUAUUAUAUUUUUAUAAUAUCGUUUCGUAACGUGUAACAUCGCAGUGUUAAUCGACAAGAUGGCCCACGGCGCUCCGGACGAACCCGUUGGCAAGGUGGAAGAGAAGCGGCCCAAGGCGCCAGUCGGAUCCAGAAGGAUAUUUCCGCCACAGUUCAAGUUGCAGGUGUUGGAUUCAUAUCGACAAGACUCCGAUUGUCAAGGGAACCAACGUGCCACGGCCCGUAAGUACGGUAUUCACCGCCGUCAGAUACAGAAAUGGUUGCAGACAGAGAACAGCUUGCGGUUGGCCGUGCAACAAGCUUCCGGUGCUCCGAAACCCCCCAAAAUUGCUACUGCUUCUGCUACUGCAACAGCAGUUGCUGUUGCUGCGGCCAUUGCGGAUACUACAUCGGGUUCAGACAGUGAUGUUAAUGUUGAAGACUUAUCCGACACUGAAGACUCAGCUCUGGAUUUGUCUACUACUUGCUUAGAUUUGACCAAGCGCAAACGCGAAGAAGAGGAUCUCGAUCCAUGCAAAAGGCGAUCUUUGGCUCCAGUCACGUCAAAUGAACGACCCUUAUAUGUCAGCCCCAUCAGAUAUCCUUACGUCGAUUAUCCCCUGUUCUACUGUUGGCCGCCGUGUUGUUACAGGCCACCGUGCUAUGUUGAGCGACCUGUACCCCAAAGACUGACUUGUUCCUUAGAUUUGAAGGUGUGCACUUAUGAACAAAAGGAACCUUCCCUUUUGGACAUAUCGUACCCUCAACAUUGGAACAAACAGGACUACAGGUUUCCAAGUUCAGUAUAAAUACCUAUGUGUUCCCAUGGGUUACGCUUGUUAUUCUUGCACUGUAAGUAUCAAUAAAUAUGAAAAAAAUUUCAAAUGAUCUUUGUAACUGUUUGAAUUGAAUUGAAAGAAAGGAUAUUUGAAGUGUUAUUUAAUAUUAGUACCAUUUUAUUGAAAUUUUUAUUUUAACAUCAAUAUCUUUGAUACCUACAAUGGUACAGGGAAUUGAAAUUAUAUAAAUGGUUGAAAAGAAAAAAAUGUAUUUAUAUUUUUAUAUAUUAUAUUAUGAAUAUGAUUCUACUAUUUUUUUCAAUUCAAUUUAUAAGAAAUAUAUUUAAAAAUUACAACUAAAAUAUUGUACAGAUUCACUCUGUAUUGUAGUAUGUUCUAUAAUUGUUAAGGCAUAUUAUACCAUAUCAAUUAAGAAUGUAUUGUUUGAAGUUUAGAACACUUAAGAUAUGUAUUUUAACUACUUAAAUAGUAUAGGAUUGGAGCAAAAAGUUAUUUAUUAACCAUAUAAAACUUUGCAAUAAACCAUUUUCAAAAGACUUGAUAUUAUAAAUUAUUUUAAAUUAUUAAAGAUUCAUUCAUUUUAAAUUUGAUAUUUUUAAUUUAUAUUACAAAAUUAUAUAAUUAUUCUAAAAAAAUUGAAAUAUAUAUAUAUAUAUAUAUAUAAAUAAAUAAAUUUGAGUAUAAUAUUAACAUGUUAAGAUUUAUUUGUUAGAGUUCCUAUAUUAAGGCUAGAUGUAUCAAAUAAAGCUUUUGAAUUCAUUUGAAAUGGCUCAAUGGAGCAAUUAAUAUAUGUGCCAAAAAAUUAAGUUCAAAAAAAUUGCUCAAAAUUUGUUUGUCUUCCGUAAACUACAAUUUUUUUUUUUUUUUGGUGCUGUCAGGUUUUUCUGUAUUACGUGCCUUAUAAUAAUAUGUUGUCAAUAAAAAAAAAUAUAU